UUAAAAAAAUGAAAGGUAUCCUAAAUCAUUUUCGUUCACGAUAUAAUACAUUUUCACUUAAUUGUCGUUAUAAUUCUUCAUUAUCGAGUUCUUCAUUACAAUAUUUCGAUUUAAGCCACAUCCAUUCAAUUCCUUCUAACUUAACUCCUAAAUUCUGUAUAACGGAUUUUAUUCUUUUUCCGGACCAUUUUACACUACGGGAACAAGCAUUUUUAACAACUCGUUCCUUAGAAAAAUUAAAAAGAGUUUUUGGUAAAAGGACAAUAUAUCAACCUUCGCAUUUUGAUCACGUCAUACACAAUUAUAGAGAAUGUCAAGUAACUAGUUGGACUAAUGGUGAUAAUGAAAUUGAACAAGAGAUCAAUGAUUUAUUAGACAAUAAAGUUUACAAUUUAUUUUCUAAAAUUAAAUGGCUCCCCAUUCAUAUUUUGGAAUUGGCCGAGUCUAUUGGUGGAAUUAAACCCCAUGUUGAUAACAUUGAGUAUUCUGGUAACAUUGUUGUCGGAAUUUGUUUAAUUUCUCCUACUGUAAUGAUACUUAGACAUAUAAAUAAUCCCGAAUGUAAAUUUUCCGUUUUAUUAGAACCUGGGUGUCUUUACGUUCAAAGAGAUACAAUUAGAUACAAUUUCACUCAUGAAAUUCCUAUCGAUCCUGAAUUACAUAAAUUUAAAAAUAAUCUUAUACCAAAGGGACAUAGAAUUUCCCUAAUGUUUAGGAAUGUCAAGUAAUAAUUUGAUAAGAAUGCUAAAUAAUAAAUAUUUUUUAAUUUAUAUCUUUUAUAAUAGUGUUAAUUGUUAAUAUAAUCCCCUUUCUCA